AUGCUUCAAAGUCCUGAUCGUCACCUCGACGGCCAGACACCUCGCGUGAGCCACGGAGAGGAUGAAAAGUCGUCUGUUCGUCCUAGCAGCAGACAUUCCUACGCAUUGACGCCUGUUGCUUCCCGUCCAAGCCAGGAUCGACCGUCGUUUCAUCACACUAUCUCGCGUACCUCCCAUGUCGACGGUCAUGGGUAUUUUAGCGACGAUGGACGUAAUGCCAGCCAGGAUGGCGAGCGACCGGUGAACAUCGAGGAGAAGGACCUCUUCGAAGUUGGCUGGGACGGCCCUGAUGAUCCCAUGGAUCCCAAGAAUAUGAAAGUGUUCAGGAAGUGGAUGAUUGUGAUCAUUAAUGCUGCUGGAGCCUUGUGUGUCACUUGCACAUCCUCCCUGUACACGGUCACCUAUGAUCAAAUGGACGCAGAGUUUGGAAACUCCCGCAUCGUCGCCACGCUGGGUCUAACGUUGUUCAUCAGUGGUCUAGGGCUCUCACCUAUGAUUCUAGGCCCCUUGUCGGAAUUCUACGGUCGUCGACCUAUCUAUAUAUAUGCCUACGUCUUCUUCGUCAUCUGGCUCGUUCCUUGCGCUGUUGCCAGAAACAUCCAGACCAUGUUGGUGGCUCGCUUUCUGGAUGGCUUCUCGGGGAGUGCUUUUCUGUCCGUCGCAGGAGGCACCGUGGGUGACAUGUUCAGCCGCGACAAGCUCCAGGCCCCGAUGAUGAUAUACACAGCAGCUCCGAUGAUAGGGCCUAGCUUGGGACCCAUCCUUGGCGGCUUGAUCAACUACAACGCGUCGUGGAGAUGGUCGUUCUAUGUUCUACUCAUGUGGGCUGGAGUUAUGCUCAUAACAAUCACAGCAUUCGUUCCCGAGACCUAUAUGCCAGUGUUGCUUCGCAAGAAGGCCCGACAGAAACGGAAAGAGACCGGCGACGAGCGAUGGAAGGCACCGAUUGAGAUUUACGAAAAGUCUUUGUUCUGGACUGUGGUCAGAUCGUUGUAUCGGCCGUUCUUGCUCCUCUUCAUGGAGCCCAUGUGCUCCAAUUUGUGUCUCCUAUCGUCUAUUCUGCUGGGCAUCCUGUAUCUGUUCUUCGGGGCUUUUCCAUUGGUCUUUGGAGACGUGUAUGGCUUCAACCUCUGGCAGGUCGGCCUCUCUUUCUUGGGCCUCAUGAUCGGCAUGAUACUCGCUAUUUGUUCCGAUCCGAUAUGGCAAUGGAAUUAUCUUCGCCUUCUACGAAACGCAGAGACAAGAACCGGUGAGCGCAAGUCAGAGCCAGAAUAUCGACUACCACCGUCUAUCUUCGGGCCCUGGAUAUGCACCGUGGGACUCUUCUGGUUUGGCUGGUCCUGUUAUGCUCGCGUCCAUUGGAUUGUUCCAAUCAUCGGCACUGGCUUUUUCGGAUUUGGGACCGUCUUGACCUUUUCUGGCGUAUUUACGUUCCUGGUCGAGGCAUACCCCCUGUACGCAGCAAGUGCUUUGUCCGCCAAUUCCUUUGCCCGAAGCUCCUUUGGGGCGGCCUUUCCGCUGUUUGGACGACAAAUGUACAAAAGAUUAAACUAUCACUGGGCUACCUCGCUAUUGGGAUUUCUUUGCUUAGCCCUGUCACCCUUUCCAUAUCUCUUCUUCAUCUGGGGAAAGAAAUUACGGCAAAGAAGCAAGUAUGCCCACCUGUCGGCCUGA